CAUCACAAGCCAUGCGCCUGCCACCGCGCGCGCUGCUCAAGCGCCUGCUGCGCGCCCACCUGUCGCCGGGCGUGCGCCUCAGCGCGCAGACCGACGUGCUCGUCUACCUCGCCUAUCUGCUCUUCCUGCAGCGCCUGGCCGGCGAGGCGCGCGUGCGCAUGCAGCUCGACGCCGCCGCCGGCGUGCCGGGCGCGCGCCGCACCAUGGCGCAGCGCCAUGUGCGCGAGGCAAGGCGGCGCGUGCGGGGAUAGAAAGAUGCGGAGCAGCUGUGCAGCAAGCGCCAUCACUCCGCAACACCCAGCACCCGCAUCUCGCUCAGCAAUGCUUCGCAUGCGUCACGAGUGUCAGCCAGGUCUCAGCUCUCGCACCGUCAUCCGUCGCUCGCGCGUCUAGCACCAAUACUAGCCACACCAUCGUCCGGCCGAGCACUGGACGCGCCUGAAGAAUGGCUUCGACGUCAACACCUGCGCUUCCUCUGCUCGCGCAUCGGCACCACGCGCGUCCUGCGCGGCAACGCCAACGACCUCAAGCGCAUCGGCGCGUGCAACGGAAUGCAUUCAGAUGCAGGCACAAGUGCUGAGCAGGACUGAACGGGCGGCAUGGGCUGGUGACGUGGUAGAUGAUGGCGUGACGGACCGGGCAGCUAGGACGGGGCAGACAAGGCAGUGCG